GUGUUAAAGUGAACCUUUUAUGCCCAAAACUUUUAAUGUGAUCCUCAAUUUAGGAUUUAAGAGCUCCCGCUGAAUAAAUCAUUUUAAACCAGGCGAAGAUUUUGGCUGGCUUCGCAGUCUGACUAGCUCUUUUUUUUUUUUUCAACAUAGCUACAGCUGUAGAUUAUAACUUAACGUUAAUCAAAUCGACUCUUUAGUCUUGACUCUUCUGAUCAAUCUAAUGCAAAUGUGUAAAAACAAGUCUGCACCUUUCGAACCAGUGUAAACCAAAGAGGAGUCGUGGCGACAUCUAGUGGUACAACUCGAGCACUACACCUGCUUUUUCAGCCCAAUCUGCUUAACCUGAGGGGGAAAACACACAACAGACGUAUCUAGAUCAACAGGACGUGUUAUAAAUGUGAGUCGAUUUUUAAAAUGCUGAAUUACAUUCUCAAAUGUAGUCUAUCGAAAGAGAAAAAAACGCGAAAUAAUCGCGACAGGAUUCGCUGUUGCUAGGGGCAACCGGGGAAACUUUGAAUAGCAUCAGAAGCCGUCGGAUCACUGCAGCUCACUGCGGUCGAGGCGCCUUUGUGAAGAAACCUGGGUUUGUUUUUCUGCAAAAACACAGCCUUGGAAGAUUCAGCAUGACGUCUCCUCAGAAAAUCCCAAUAGACCUCAAAACGAUGAUCAAAGACACUAAACAGGAUAUGGAUGAUGUGCACCAAGCCCUGGAAAAGCUCAGAAGUCUCUCCCAGGAAGAAAGGACAGAGGCAGACGUGCUGCGAUCAAGAAUCGACGAGCAGUCGACUCUCAUCUGCAUCCUGAAACAGAGAGCAGACGAGAUGCUUCUGCGCUGUCAGGCUCUGGAGAAGAUCAACGCCGAGCUGGAGAACCUGAGAGCCAAUGUGCAGCUGGAGCUGGAGAACGAGAGAAAGAAAUCUGAACUGCUGGAGCAGAGAUUCAUGCACCUGGCCUCCAACCACCGAGAGCUGAUCAACUUCAAGAACGAGUACAAGAGCCAGAAUGCGAAGCUGGAGAAGGAGAACGAGAGACUCCGAAAGGAAAAUGAAUCGCUUUUCAGUCAGGAAGUGCAAGAAAAAGAGAAGACCAUCCUCAAACUGACUCAAGAGCUCAAGGAAUUGGCGGAGCAACAUAAGAUACUAGAAACAGAGUAUCAGGAGAAAACAACGGGUUUCCAGAUUAAACUGAAAGAACUGAUCAACCUCCAUCAGAUCAAAGAGGCGUCCUUGAAGAACGAACUGAGCGACACACAAAAACAGCUGAAGAAUGCUGUAGAGAUGUGUGCAGAGUUGGAUCUCAAACUAAGACAAACUCAGGAAAAAGAAUCAAUGAGGGAGACAGACACUCAAGAGAGACUUGAGAAACUCAUGAAGGAAAAGGAUGAGCUUAUUGAUCUCUCAAUGGAGCGUGGGAAAAUGAUACUGGACAAGCAAGAUGAAAUUCAGGAGCUGGAGCGGAAAAGGCAGGAAGCUGAGAACGGCAGACUAGAUGCAGAAAACAGGUUUGAAAAGGAAGCAGCAGCUGUGAACAGUGAAUUAAGAGUGAAGGAACUACAGGACGCCUUAGAGAAGGCAGAGGACACCUGCAAUGAGUUGAAAAAGGAGUUUGAGGCAUUUAAAAAGCACAGCAGAGAACUGCUUGGAAAAGAGAAGGAGUUAAACUGCAAACUUCGCCACAUGAUCAUCUGAGCCAUCCAUCCCAUUCCAUGUGUAUCAUCAAAAUCAGCCAUAAUAUAGCGAAAACCAUUCACUUGCUGAUCUGACAGCGGAGCUGGCUCAUCGCACGUGGAGUGGUUGUAUAUAAUGAACCAGAAGACAAGGGACAAAUUAGAUUUUUCUUAAGAGAACGUCUUCCGUCAGUAGGAGGCAGUUUAUAGUAUUUCUGUAGGGAAAGGUGAGUUUGAUUAAUAGGUUGCAAAUAGGUUGGCUAAACUGUGACUUUUAUAAAUAAAAAUUAGCAUUUUUAAACUUCCGCUGUGGUUUAGCGUCGACUGUCACAGGCUCUGUCACGAUUAUUAGAAGAACUCCUAAUUAUGAUUCAUUGAAAAAUCUCUGAUCAUUGUGAGUCUUAAAUUCAAGCUAAAUAUUGCCUUUCAAAUAAGGGAAUUUUUGAACUAAUUUGCAAAUUUAGAAGAUUUUCAACUUUUUUAGCUCUCUCCUACCAAGAUGAUUAUAUCAUAUGAUGCUUAUCAGAUUAUUCAGAGUUUCUGCAGGUUUUAUAAAAUGUCUUUUUAAGACCAAGUAAAGAAAAUGUAUGGAAUAAUUUAAAUGGAACACAAUACAUCAAUACUUUGUGUUACGCUUCAAAGUCUGAAAAUACAACUUCCAACCAAUCUCCAUUACUCUAUAUUGAUUUUUAAAUCAAGAUACAAAAUGACAUCUUAUGUCUUGUUUUAUAAGAAACUGAUUUUGUUUAUGAUUAAUAUGAUUAAACAAACAAAUGUCUGCCAGUGGGCUCAGAAAAAUCAACAUAAUUUAACAUUGACAGAUAUUUGUUCAUGUUUUGUUCAUUUUUGCAGUGCAAUGCAACAUUUAAUGGCUUGACUUUAUGAAUUUAUGACGUUCUGCUCCGAUUUAAGACUUUUUUUAAGGACUUAAUUUGUGGAAGGACUUUCUAAUUAAUUAGAAUGUUCAAAUUUAAAUGAACAGUUCACCCAAAAAAUAACAUUCAGUCACUAUUUACUCACCCUUUUUUGUCCAUACAAUGAAAAUAAAUAGACUCCAAUGGUGUUUGGAUUUCACAAUUCUUCAAAAUAUCUUCUUUUGUGUUCUUCAGAAGAAAGAAUUGCAUUUGCAUUAUUCCAAGCAUUUAAAACCCCCCAAAAAUGUUUAAAAAAAAAAUCAUAUUAAAUUAAUACAAAUCACCACUAUUUGUAUGACCGUUCAGAACUGAAUCAUCGUGACAGCUCUCUCUAAUAUGCUCAUCCGUAUAUGCAAUAAAUUGGACUGUUCUGUAUGUAGCCUCGUUCCUGAGAAGAUAAAACCAUUCAACUGUGUUAGUAAAAGCUCUCAAGCCAUAUAGCACGUAGAAAUGCAAUGCUCACCUUCCAGUUCCACCAUGUAUUCCUCCGUGCUCUGAUAACAUAACAGAAUGAAACUGUGUCCCUGUCAGGUAACAACAGCAUGUCUUCUGCAUUUCUAAAUGAACAAGCUUCGGCAUAAAAGGACAGUAUUUUGCUAACGUUUUGCUCUUUGUAAUUUUUAGUGUAGUAAUGUUAGUGUCUUUCCUGAACUAAUUUGUGGUCAACUAACAGGUAGUUUGCGUAAUUGUAUAGUGGUCAUCCGGUCUGCAUCUGUAUAUAUGUUUUAUAGAACAGAACAUCUGGAAGGAUUUCUAGAUGUUCACACCUGAUAGCAUGUUAGUCUUGAGUUAACUAGUUAAAGGUGUUUUCAUUGCAUUUAGUGAUGAAAUAUUUUAGUCCUAAUUUGAGGAUAUUUAGUCAUGUAGCAGAGCCUUUUCUUCUCCAGAAAUGAUGGUCCUUCUAGGGUGUGAACCCGAGAACUAGCUCAGAUCUUUAACCUUUAAGGUUAGGUAUGUUAGUCCUUAUAUCAUCCGUGUGAGUUUUUAAUGAUCGUGAGGUUGCGGUCAAAAUGCUGGAUUCCUUUGUGUUCUCGUAACUGCACGUCGCCGUAGUCUGUGUCACCAUUUCAUGCAUCUUAUCAAGUUGAGGCAAGUUUGCAUCCGUGCCAUAACUGACCAGUGCACCUGCCCUUUGAUUGCAUUUGACCUGGUCAGUGGUUCAUCACCCCAUAGCCAUGACAAUCUUUUUCCUCGGAAGUGCUGCGAAUAUGGGAAUUGCCUUAUAUGGGAAUCACUGGAAUGGUGUGAAUGACUCUGUUUCUGUGACCUUUUUUGUUUUUUCUGUUGUAAUCCUCUUCAAACACACUGAUGUAGAGAGGACUUGACUGUUAAGAUCAUUUAUUUUAGAUGAUAGAUAUGUAAAGCAUUUCGAGUAUAAAUAAAAACAAAAUGAAAAGUAAAAUUUUUUGGAAUUGUUUGUGGUCCUCCAUCCUUCUUAUAAGAACAUCCCUGAAAAAAAAAAUGUCUUAAACCGGCCUAAGUUGGUUUGCGAGACUUGAGGCUGGUUUUAGAGAAGUUUUGAGCUCUUUUUUGGGAGAUCAGCUCUUUAAGGUUAGUUUCAAAAUCCAGUUUUUUAAGUCUCAUUGUUAUAAUGAUUCAAGCAUGGUCUAAUGCCAAAGUAUUGCCAAAACAGCAAAAGGAUGGAUUAUGGUGUCGUGAGGCCCUUUUUGGACCCCCUUUUGUCAUAUUGCUUUUAUUAUGUCUAAAUCAUGAGAUUUAAAUAUGAAAAGAAAUUAUGUAUCGCAAAUGAUGAACAACAUAAAAUCUGCAAUAAUAUUUUUAUAUUGUGCAAAUAGUCAGUGGCACUCAUUCAAGUUUAUUUAUUACAUUUUUUUUUGGAUAUCAAUUUUAUAUCUGCAUUUCUGGGUGUCAGGCCAUGGUAUUCUCUCAGCUCAAGUACAUACGCAAUACAACUUUUAGCAUUGAUAGUAAUAAGAAAUGGUUCUUGGACAGCAAAUCAGCAUAUUAGAAUGUGACACUGAAGACUGGAGUACUGGCUGCUAAAAAUGCAGCUUUGCAUCACAGAAAUAAAUACAUUUUAAAAUAUAUUAAAAUACAAAACUGUUGUUUUAAAUCCUAAUAAUAUUUUACAAUAUUACUCUAUUUUUUU